AUGAAGUUCACCUCAACUAUCCUCGCCCUCUUGACUGCUACUUCGGCCUUCGCCAGUGCCAUCACACCCAACGAAGCAAGCAGAUUGGAAGCCAGACGUGCUGCCCACUGGGGCAAAUGCAACGGAACCUCUUGCAAGGUUGAUGGAAAAAACUACGGAUGCACCAGAGGCUCUUGUACUCGUCAAAGCGGUGGUGGCGACGGUGCCCAAUGUGCCAAGCUGGGCGGAUCUAUCUGCUGCCCUGGCGGAACUCAACUUGGAAAGGGUUGCAGAUGGUAA